AUGGCUGAUUCUGAUUCUGACGACUCGUUUCAUAGUGCUUUUGGAGACGAAGAUGAACAAGAUGUUGAGGAUGUAGUGAAAACGGAAGAAACCGAGCCCGAAAAGGAAGCAAAACCAAUCGUAAGUCUUGUUUUUAGAUUUUUGAUGUUUUAGAAAGUGAGAAAAGAGCUCGCGCACGUUGAGGAAUCAAAGAACGAUAAAAGCAACGAUGUCGGUAACGACGAACGGAUCGACCGUUUUGUCCAACUAAAUACUGACUCUGUUCGACGGGAAAUCGAUGUUGACGAGACAUUAACAGCGGAUAAUGAAAUUAAACCCUCGACGGACGGCUGGGAAGAGAAUUGGGGUGACGAGAGCUCAGAUUCAGAUUGGGAGAAUUGGGGAGAAAAGGAGGAGAAGAAGAAACAUCAUCUUAAGCACGUCAGGCCGUCUGUUCACGACAUUCCUAGCGAUUCAACUGAAGCCGAGGAUGAAGGCAAGGAGGAGCGGAAGGAACGACAGCUCGACCAUCAAAGUCACAGCAUCUGGGAUUGGAGUGGGUUGAGCGAAGCGGUUUCUGCUGUUGGUACGUUUUGUUACCUAAAUUUCACGUUUUACUGACAUAUUGUUGAAUAGUUUAAUGCUUUGUUGUUCAAAGUUAUGUGACAGUAUUUACUUUAACAUAAUGUGUCAUGUAAACAUUUUUUUAAAUUCUUCAAUUUGAUUUUCAAUAUUUUAGGAGAUAAAAUCUCGAACGUAGUAGAAACAGGCCUCGGUCUUCCAACUCCAGAAGAAAUGGCUCAAUUGUCGAUACAGGAACGUAGAAAACUGUUAGAAGAAGCUCAAAAUGCGAAGGAACCGGAGCCAUCGUUGUCUUCAGAUGAAGCUACAGAACCUCAAUCACCGUCGCCUUCUGAGAUGCCUUCCGUGCCAGUUUCUGGCUUCGGAGGAUUGUUUUCUGGUCUGAUGAACGGUGGACUGGAUGUCUUGGAAAGUUUGGGCAAGAAAACCUUCGAAACUCUGACAGUAAAGGAUGAGGUAGGCUGUUGGUUUGAAUUCUUAAUAUUUGAAAUUUGUCAGGUUUAUGUAUAAUAUUUGAUGUUAAUCGUAACUUGUUUCAGUGUGAGAGGAGGAAGUUCUUCUUGACGGCAGUUGAUUCCAGUGGAUCUAACCUAUCAGAGAUGUUGAAGGAGAUCAAGACCAAUAAAGAUGUUGACUUUGAUCCGAACACAGCAAAGAAGACAAGGUUUGGUUACGGAAGCACAAAUAUCGAAAAUCCUGAGACAAAUUUCAUUAUUUUGUUCGAAAGGAACGAUGGUAUGGUACACCUGGAAGGUCUGGAGCUAAUGUCUUCUGCUCAUAAACACAAAGUUACUGGCGACUUUAAUGAACUGUAAGUUUAGCUAUGUAUAUUUGGUUUUGUAUUUAGGUAUGUUGGUAUUUAAAGUUGAUUUAUAUUGCUUGAUAAAGCACUUUAAAAAUUUUUUUAUUUUUCUGUUAAUAUUUACAUAAAUCACAUUAUUUUAGAUUUGAAGAGAAGAUCAACGAGUUUAUUGUAGAAGACGUGAGUGAAUGUAAUACCGAGGACUUUGUUUAUGAGCUGAAGAAGUGUUUACACGGCGUUGGGCUUCCAUUUAAGGCUGAUAACGUUCUAACCGCCGAUAAGGAGUUGUUAAAGGAGCUGGAACAUGUUACUGCAGCUAUGGAUCAAGGAGUCGAGCAGAAUGUAGAUAUUCUACAUCAGAAGGCCGUCCAAAGUCUUGCCAAGUUUACUGCACAUUCUAUUCAGGUAUAGUUUGUAACUGUUAAGAGGUGAAAACGUCAUAAACUUGAUUGAUUUUACAGUUAUUUGGUGUUUAAUGCUUUUUAUAUUUCAGGCAUUGCACAAGAUAUCCCAAUUAAUGUUGUUGCAAGACCAGCCUUCUGAUUUAGAGUCCGUGUUUGCAUUUACUUUUGUUUUAUGUCGACGUCUUUCCUAUUACGCCUCCCAAUAUGCGAACCUAUUGAGUUUGCUCGACUCAUCAACCGCUGUAAGUUCAAUUUUGUAAAUAUAUCUAGAAAAAUCGAUGUUUCAUUUCUUACGCUUCUUAAUUUUUGUAUUAAAAAGUUGACUAAAAUAAUUCAGGUUGACAACGUGGUGACGAACAUCUUCUUCGAGUGUUCCAACGCUUGUCACUACGUUCGGAAAGCUUUGUCAUUGUUGAAGCCGUUGUUCUGUAAAUAA